UGGUAAACAAAGAAUGGCGCUCUCCAGCAAGGGGCUCUCCACGUUACUGGGGAUACUGUCCGAGGAGUCCACCGAGUCGUACACGUUAGAGCAGAUCACACACCAAAUACUCCAAAACUUUAACAAGGAAGAUUAUUUUAAGUUGGGGAGUGCGUUGGUGUUCCUCCUGCAGCAGCCCGACCUCCUUCCCUGCCCGGCUCAGAGGCUCACCGCACUCACCAUCCUGCAUGAGCUGUAUCGAGGGGAGCCGCCACCCGCCAACCCCUUCCUGCCGGUCUUCCUUAAUAUCCUGCACCCCCCAGAUGAAGCAGCAAAAGGAGGCGGCAAGAUGCUGGAAUUUGCCGGCCAGAUUCCGAAAUUCACCCAACCUGAGCUGUUCUUCCUCUCCACCCUUCUGACGGAAAGGAGCAGCAAGGAGUUGCUAAAAAGGACAGCGGGGCAGAUCAUGAACCUCGAUGUGAGCAACCACCCACCAGCCGACACCAGCGGACUCAAGCAGGCAUUUUCGGAUCUUCUCUCAGAGCGGCCCGACACAGCCAAGAACAGUGUGCCAGUGGUUUACUCCUACCCCCAGCAGCCUGCGCCUACCACAGGGCUGCUGAGUGAGGUGGGCCAGGUUAAGCGGACCUGUGAGGCGCUGCUGUGUGUACCACCCUCCCCCAGCCUGGCCCAGCAGUACUACUCGCCAGAGAUCAUCAGACUCACGCCGCCCCUCCACGUGGCCGAGGAUGAGCUGGUGUGGAUCACGUCGGUGGACCGGGCGGAGCAGCGGGUGAUGUACGAUGCCUCCAUGUGUGUGCUGUCCGGCGGCGACGCGGAGGCCAAGAGACUCAUGGCCAAGGCGUUCAAGGAGACGCUCUCCCUCCCACAGCAGCAGCACCUCCUACAACAACUCAACCAGGACCCGCGGAUGGUCUACCACACCGGCCUCACCCCGCCCAAGCUGCCGGACCUGGUGGAGCACAACCCGCUGAUAGCCAUCGAGGUGCUGCUGAAGCUGAUGCAGAGUAGCCAGAUCACGGAGUACUUCAGUGUGCUGGUCAACAUGGAGAUGUCCCUGCACUCCAUGGAGGUGGUCAACAGACUGACAACAGCGGUGGAGCUUCCGUCGGAGUUCGUUCACCUCUACAUCAGUAACUGCAUCAGCACCUGCGAGACCAUCAAGGACCGGUACAUGCAGAACAGGCUGGUGCGGCUUGUGUGUGUCUUCCUGCAGUCACUCAUCAGGAACAAGAUCAUCAAUGUGCAGGAGCUGUUCAUUGAGGUCCAGGCUUUCUGCAUUGAGUUCAGCCGCAUCCGAGAGGCCGCAGCGUUGUUCAGACUCCUCAAGCAGCUGGACUCAGGCGACACACAGGCAGCGCAGGAGCCGGCUAAGAAGACUGGGUGGCCGAGGCCACAUAGCUCUGGAAAGGUUGCAAGAGUGCUGCCUCUCCCCAAGGAGGUGCCGUGAGCCUGCUGAACCUGCAGCCCUUGAGUGUUGAGCUGGGCACGGGGCUGCCGGCCCCCAAGCAGCAGGACAGGAUGUUUAUUAUAGUUAUGCAAAAGGGCAGCAAUAUCAUCUCCCAUUCAUUACAUUUCUCUACUAGAUUUAUUUCAGCAACUUUCUUAUGGCUAGUUUUCUUACAAUUCUUGUUAUCUAUAAUUUACUAAUUUUUGUGUGUUCCCAAUUUGAUCAUUAUAAUUACUAAAUAAUUUUUUUGUAUGUCGAGGACAUAUAAGUGUUUUGUGUGCUGUGACAUAUGUAAUUUUUUGUAAAGCAUGGAAAUCCAUGAUUGGUCUUGAUUGGAAUGAGUGAGUGGCUGUGUUGUGGCCUGACAGUGUUGGUGAAGCCUUCCUGGUGGUGAGCUAGUCAGUCAGCUGUGUUGAUCCGCUGCGUCCCGGAGCAGCGGUGAGGGAAGGGUUUGGUGAUCCUGCUGUGUGGCCAACUCAAAGCAUUUGGUGCUUUUGAUAUCAAGAAAGUCUUUAAUUUUUUUAAUAAAAAUCAUUUUAUAUAUAGUCAUACUGACAGUUCUACAUACUGUUGUCCUGGAUAUGACCAUAAUGGUUUGACAUAUUAUAGAUUAUAUAUUACUGCUGAAUGCUGUACAGGCUGGGCAAACCCUCUGUAAUUUGAGACACAUGGAGCUCCACAUUCUUUGAGAAUGCCAUGGUGAUGAUGUACCUUAAAGACACAGAGCUGAAGAAAAAGUAAUAUGAGACUUGGCUGCAUCCCUGCAGAUUUAGAUGCUCUUAUUUUCAUUAAUUUAAAGGUGGUUGUGACAUCAGCCACUUUAAACACAAUCCUUGUCCAUUGUGCAGGAAUAUGGUAAAGUGAAGCAUUAAGAAUGAACAGAAGACAUUGUGAGGUGGCUGCAGUGAACAGUGAAAGAGUAAAUACUAUUACCACCACCACCAGUCACUGUAAAUCUUCACAAUGUCCCAUCACCAUUAUCACACAGCCACUGUACCAAGCACCUUCAUCACCACCACCACCACUACCACAUUAUGAUUAAUUUACUCUGCUAAAUUGCUAAAGUGAAUGUUCUUCCAUCACCUCCAUCACAGGAAAUAUUUUCUUACACCAUCUAUACUGCUGUAAAUGCUCUCACCAUUAUCACCAACCCCACCAUGAUAAAUGUUCUGUCCUCAUCACCAAGUUACCAACACCACAGUAAAGGCUUUCUCCAUCAUCACCACCCCACCACAGUAAAUGUUAUUUUCUUCAUCACCUCCGCACCACAAUAAACAUUCUCUCCCUCCCCUAACACCACUGCCAUCACAAUCAGUGUUUUCUGCACCAUCACCACUCGUAUGGCAAGCAAAAUAUCAGAUCCUGGCUCUGCAUUACCAUUCCAUUGCUUUGAAUCUCUCACCACAUAACCGUAUCAAAUUGAACAUCACCACCACCUCCACCACCACUACCUCAAACACUACCACUAUCACCACUGCAUCACCACCCAUCACCUCCACGACCAUCAUCACUCUUAUUCUCAUCAUCACAUCACCACCACCACCAUCACCUCAACUCACACUCAGUUUCUCACCCUAUCAACGUAAGAAAUGUACCAUCAGAUUAGAGAGGGUUUGCUUUGGGCUCCGAAGGUGACUUGCAUUCCCACGUAAACACACAGUUGGUAUGAAGGUUCCUAAAGCUGUUAGGUAGAGUUUCACCUUUUUACUGAUGGCCCUCGACCCCCUGUUUGAGCAAGGGUGCGGGUGUCUUGCAUGUGUUGUCUACAGACUUGGUGUGUAGUACAGGGUGUGUUUUCUAGUGGUAUGUUUGUCGAUCUUUCACACCAUUCCGAUUUAUACUCAUAUCCAGUGUUUGAGAGAGACUCAUCACAUGUCCAGCUACUUAAUGGUUAAUAAUGAGUUUAUAUGAAGAGUAUUAUGAUAAUGUGUUCUGCAGUGCCAUGAACACAUACCCCAAUAAAUCAAUCCAGUGUUCCAUCUGCAAAAUCUAUUCAAUGGGGACGGAUUAUUUGCCUCAAGAUAGAAGGAUGAUGUUAAGUGCAGUUGAUACUAAAGGGAUACUAAGAGGGGACGGGGGUUAUACAGAGGGAGUGGUUGUCUCUGCAGUCCCUCCCACAUUUUCAACCCUGGUCAUAUUGGAAAAAAGUUAAUGGAAAGAAAUUUAAGCUAAGCGAUAAAAACUAACCUUUGUCAGAACGUAAAAUGGUUAUCAAUCUUUUUUAUAUUAGUUUAUUUUGGCACCAUAUCUCAAUUGUCCUUUUUUUUUUUUUAAUGAUAUGAGUAUUUCUAAUUGGAAUGGUGGCUGACAAAUGUACGAUAAAAACUUCUGCUUGAUUUUCUAAACGACGUAUUAGUCUUCUUCAAUAAUAAUGUGGCUGAUUUGUUUAUCAUAACCCACUUCCAAGGCACGGCUAGUCGGUUUUCUCGAUUUUUUACAUCACUUUCAACAACUGAGUUUAUAAUAUGUCAACUUAACUGCAAAAACCCAGCACUUCUAACUAACUCCAUCCCAAAAAUGGUAUAAAAGAGAGCCACAUGACUUAACAAACACUAAUACGAUGUUUAGAAAUUGGCGUUCUUCUCACACGUUAGCUGGUAAUGAUGUGUAACCUUUCCCGGGUGUGAUGUAAGGUUCCUGUUUGGCCUUUGCACCUUCCCAGCCUGCCGUUUCCUUUGUGACAUAAUAGCCUGAUUUUUUAACCUUCGUUUUAGUAUUUAUGAACACGUUUAUGGCUGUAGUUUGGCUUCAUACCUAAUUCCUCUUUUGGGACAGAUAGAAGUGUUGGAUUUUCAAAGUUAAUUUGACGUUACAAACUGAGUUGUCGAAAGUGAUGUGAAAAAUUAACAAAAGCAACUAACCGCACCUUGAAAAAUGGGUUAAAAAUGAAAAAUCAGCCAUAUAAUUGUUACUUAAGACUAAUAUGACAGUUAAAUAUCACUCAGGCGAUCGUCUGGGAAGGAAAUUGGGCGUGAGUUAGUGUCUUAGUGUUAUACUUGGCUUCAGACUACUGUAUAUAUGCUCAUUCAAAAGUUGGCCCCAUGGAGAAAUAUAUUGGA